GUAUGGACAGCGUGUCCCGGUCGUGGCUAAUUCUAAGAAACGCUGUUUCUCAGCAUUGAUAAGACCAUGGCACAAAACGAUGAUGGCUGGAUUCGGCAUGACCCUGUGUGCAGUUCCUAUUGCACAGAAAUCGGAGCCUCAAUCUCUUAGUAACGAAGCAUUAAUGAGGAGGGCUGUGUCUUUGGUGACAGAUAGCACCUCCACCUUUCUGUCCCAAACCACAUAUGCUCUGAUGGAAGCAAUCACUGAGUAUACAAAGGCUGUUUAUACGUUAGUGUCACUGUAUCGACAAUACACAAGUUUACUUGGAAAAAUGAAUUCACAGGAGGAAGAUGAAGUGUGGCAGGUGAUUAUAGGAGCCAGAGUUGAGAUGACGUCAAAGCAGCAGGAAUACAUGAAGCUGGAAACCACUUGGAUGACUGCAGUUAGCCUGUCAGAGAUGGCUGCAGAGGCUGCCUAUCAGACUGGAGCCGAUCAGGCCUCUAUAACCGCCAGGAAUCACAUCCAGCUGGUGAAGUCACAGGUGCAGGAGGUGCGCCAGCUCUCCCAGAAAGCAGAAACCAAGCUGGCUGAAACACAGACACAAGAGUUGCACCAGAAAAUGCAGGAAGCGGGUGAAGAGAGGGCUGACCAGGAAGAGGAUGCCUACCUGCGUGAAGAUUGAGGGCUUGAGCCCACUGCCCUCUCUACCCAAUCAGUGGGGAAAGCAGGUGAUGGCCUCCACCUAGUGUCACCCCAACUCUUAGGAGACAACAGGUUCUGCCCUUGCCAGUCAGACCAGAAGCCUUUUGUGAGCUGUGCCUGUUCUUUCUGGUCUCAGUCUUUAUGGGCCUGGUUCUUAGCCCUUGAGCGUGAUUCAUUGAACACUGUCCCACUCGGCUCCUCUCUUGCCUAUCUUUUUACCUCAUACCCAAAGCAUUUCACCAACCUGGGCCAGAAGAGAAGGGGCCUUUUCUGCCGUACCCUCAAGUUCAAUAGCUGUUUAGCUACAGUUUUUAAUAUUACUCAUAUUUUCAAGUAUAAUUUAAUGUUUGCUCCAAAGAAGGGAGCCUGGUUUGUAAGAUUUGUGUUGAUAAUGUCCUUUGUCCCUGUGAGCACAGCUCAGUUAAGGAGUUUCUCAGAUCAGAGCAUGACAGUGUUCACCUGUGGUGUCCCCCACAGGGCCUUCUCCAACUCAUGCUUCUUAUUCCUUCCUUCGAGUUUCUGUGUCCAAAAGAAGAGAAGUUUGGUGUUUGCAUUAAAAACGAAAAGAAAAGUC